AUGCUUUGGCGCGGGUUUGGCCCAGAGAAGGCGCUCAAGAAGCUCUCGGUCACAAGUCGCAACGACAAGAACUUCAACAAGUUCGUCAGGUACUAUUCCAAGUACCUGGCCAAAUACCCGGACAAGUCCGCGGGCCUGCCUGCGACGGCGGAAGACGUCGUAUUGUUGCCGAAGCUGACGGAGUGGCUGGGUCAGACGCUGCGGCCGUCCCAAGUCAAGCAGCUCUUGAAGGACGCUGGCUCGACCAACGUGGAGAAGUACCUGCAGCUGUACCGCAAGGACGUGGACGACGCUCUUGCGUUGCCCAUGCUCUCCAAGUGGAAAUGGGUAAGCAAGAAGCUGCUCCCUAUGGAGGUGGCCCAGAAGCUGAAGAGUGCCGAGGUGCCGGACGUCUCGAAGUACAUGGGGCAGUACAUGGAGGCCGGAGGAUCCAACGUCGCUGUCCGCACCUGGCUCGACGACAAGAUCCUUCCCCAACAGCUUGCCCUGAAAUUGAAGAAUGCGGAGGUGCCGGACAUCAGCAAGUACAUGGGCCAGUACAUGGAGGCCGGGGGAGCCACCCUUGCGCUGGAGAAGUACAUUAGCCUCCCGAAGGCGUUAUAUCCACAGGAAGUUGCAUUGAGGCUGCAAGCAGCUCAAGUGCCUGACAUCAAAAAGUACCUGAAGCAAUACGUCAAAAUGUGGGGAAAGAAGCAGGCUGAAAUAUCUAGAAAUAUAAGCUAG